AUGGGUUCCAGCGAGACCUCCCAGCAAGGAGACUGGACUCCUUGGUCAGUUCUCUCCACUCUGCCACACCCCAUCGAGGAGAAUAGCACCUCUCCCAUUCCCUUUUUCCACCUCCUGGAACGCCUCAAGACCACCAAGCGCGAAGGGUGGCGCCGGUUUGGUCUCGACCACGCCGAAUCGAUCUCUGACCACAUGUAUCGCAUGUCUAUCAUUACCAUGCUCGCACCUCCAUCGCUUUCCUCAAAACUCAAUAUCGCGCACUGUACAAAGAUGGCCCUCGUCCACGACAUGGCCGAAUCCUUGGUCGGCGAUAUCACACCCGUUGACACGUCGGUAACCAAGCCCGAAAAGGCGCGGCGUGAGGCUGCAACAAUGGACUAUAUCGAAACAACACUGCUACGCGGUGUCCCCGGUGGCGCCCUUUCCGGCGGCGAGAUUCGGCGCAUAUUCCAAGAAUACGAGGACAAUGAAACCCCCGAGGCUCAGUUUGUCCACGACGUUGACAAGAUUGAGCUGCUCCUGCAAAUGGUUGAAUACGAACGGGAGCAUGGCAAGGAUUUGUCCGAGUUUUCGCAUGUCGCUAGCCGCAUCACGUUACCUGAGGUCAAGGAGUGGGCUGAGGCUAUCAUGAAGGAGAGAAGGCAUACUUGGAACAACAACAACACGUCCAGUGCGUGA